AUUCUGUGGUUGUUUACAGAAACACAGACUACCGAGUCCGCGUUAUCCGGCACCGGGACACCGUAUCUGGCGCCGCAACGAGUCGUUUCCGUUUAUCGGAGGCCAUCUUCUCGUCCGACCGUCCCGUCACCCGUUUCGGGAAGUGUCGCCGCCGCCACCAAUCGAACGCUGUAAGCCGUCCCGUCCGGCGUUUUGGGUCGGACGCCUCCCUUACCCGCACCAACACCGCUGGUCGUUUGUAUUAUGAUGUCUCGGUCAGUGCGUGCGGAGACCAGAAGCAGAGCCAAAGAUGACAUUAAAAGAGUCAUGCAAGUCGUGGACAAGGUCCGCCGGUGGGAAAAGAAAUGGGUAACAAUCGGAGAGACUACCAUGAAAAUAUACAAAUGGGUACCCAUAAUAUCCAACGAACAGAAGAAAAAGUCUAAAGAACAUUCUCACUCGAACAAAGAGAACAUAUUGGGCAAAAGACCAAUUGAGGCUACACACUCAAACUUCUCUAUUGCUGACGACUCAAAUACCUCAUUUUCUGUCAGUGAUUCCCAUUCUCAAGAACCAACCGAAUUUGCCACCCAGUUGGGUUUUUCGGAAGAUUCCAACUCACAGAACAGUGAACCACCACCAGCUAAACAAAUGAAAACUGAAUAAGUUUUCCUCCCCAAUGCUUUAUCCUUUAAAAAAAAAAUUGAAUUUUUAUUUGUGUCUUGUAACAUUUUUUUUGUGUAAAAACACAUUAACUACCUCUAUAUGUUUUUUUUAAAUUGUUCUGAAACUUUGUACUGUAACUACUAUUGAUUGUGCUGUAAAUGUAUGUUGCCCCGUCUUUCUCCCUUACCUUCCUUCCUUUCCAAUGACAAACAUUCAUUCCUCAGUGUUAACAUUUUUUUUGUAUUAGAAUCAUAAAAUGUGCAUUUGUGUAUAUAUUACCUUUAAGUCGCCAUUUUUUAUUUUAUUUUUUUUUAAACUUAAUUUAUUCAUAUUUUGACUAUCAAAAUUCAAAUCAAUGGUAUAAACAAAUAUAAUUGACUUUGCAUAUUUAUGCCAUUGACUAAAUGAAAUUUGUUUUUUUAUUUUAUUUUAGCUUAUAAUUCUUUUGGAUUCGAAAGCAAACUUUUAAAUAUUAUCGUUGUUAUACAUUAAACAUGCAUAAUAAUUUUUAAUUAAAGAUUUCAAACAUGAUGUUUUGUUUUGAAAAUGUGAAUUGUGAAAUGUUAAACAGUAAAGUCUGAUGUUACUUCAUGAUCUAGAUUUAGGAAGUAUAUAAUAUAUAGCCACAGCUCUCUAGAUUUUUAUGUAGCUUCAAAAUGUUAAAUUUGUAUUAUUACCAUGGCUUGGAACUUUAAUCCUCCCAAAACAUUGUUAAUAUGAUUUGUAUAAAAUCUUGAAUUUAAAUUUGAUACAAUAUGCAUUAUACAUUUUUGGACUAGAAUUUUAUACAUAAUAAAACUUAAUAAUAAUUUGUAA